UUCUUUAGCUCUCUCCCUGUCCUCUCUCUCUCCACAUUUUCUUCUCUUCAUGGAAACUUUCUCUCUCUGCCCAUAACCUGUCUCAAACAGUUAUCUUUCUCCUCUGCUCUUUUUAAGUGCCUCCCAUACUUCACUUGUUUCAUAUUCACCCUCUAGAUAACUUAGUUUUCUGACAGAACUCUCUCUCUUUCUCUCUCACUUGUCUCACUGAGUCAUUCCCUCCUCCCAUACACCAUUAGUUUCUGACAAUGUCUAGCCGAAGAUCUCGUUCGAGGCAGUCAGGAGUUUCAAGGAUAACCGAUGAUCAGAUCACUGAUCUUGUGUCCAAGUUGCAACAGCUUAUUCCUGAGAUUCGUAAUAGGGAUUCGGACAAGGUUUCAGCUUCGAAGGUGUUGCAGGAGACUUGCAACUAUAUUAGAAGCUUACACAGAGAAGUGGAUGACCUAAGUGAACGAUUAUCUCAGCUUUUGGAGUCCACGGACAGCAACAGUGCUCAAGCAGCUAUUAUUAGGAGCUUGCUAAUGUAACAUUAUAAGUUGUAGGUUUUUUUUUUGUUGGCCUUUGCUCCUAUCUUCUGCUAUAUAUCUACUAGGGUUUGCUAGGAUAGGGGUGAGCUUGGGCUCCAUUGUAUCUCCAUAUAUGUGUAGACUUUUACUAGUGUUUUAUAAUAAGAAAGGGCUUGCACCUUCUAGGUUCCUACUAUUGCUGUG